AUUUACCCUGUCAACUGUUGGUUUGCUCAGAGCAACUGCAGAAGCCAUUCACAAUGGCCAAUCCCUCAGUGCCAAAGCUUUGUCACUAAGUGUGAUUGUAGUCAACAACAUUGAUUUAACACCCCCUAUUGUGGGACUGUGUGCUUAGCCCAAACUCAUUACUUCUUUUGGCUCUAUGGAAGAGGCGAGUGCUUCAGCUGCUUGUAGCUACAUUACAGGAGGGAGCUAUAGAGGUAUUUUGUAUAGAGAGAAGGAGAAAUGUUUGUCACAGUGCAGUUUGGAGAGGCCCAAACAGAAUUGUUUAACCUGAACUGCAGGAUGAUAAACUUCAUCCACAGUUUGAAGGAGAGGUGUGAUCUGGAUCCUCAAGACUGUGUGGACCUGAUGGACCGGACAGGGGAGCUGGUGAACCUGAGUGAUAAGGAGGAGAGCAUGGAGCAGGCCAGCAGUCUGAUGAAGAAGAGGCACAGCUACGUUCUCAUACGCAUCUGCAAAGGAGACGGGACUGAAGGGCAGAAGUAUGUGCCACUCUUAAAUGACCUGGACAAGAGCCAUCCUGAGUUAGCAGAGGUCCUAAAGAAGCUGUCCAACCCCUGUAAGGAGCGGGACAGAAAGGGUGUUCCGUCAAGGAAAGGCUCUGUUAACCAGACCUGGAGCAAGGCCACCGCUGGAAACAAGAAGAGCCAUUCUGGAAAACUUUGUCUAUGAUGAGAGGAGAGGAGGAAAGGUGAAAAUGAUGAUGAUGGACAUGCAUGAAUAAAACGAUGUGAUCCACAUACUAAUACAGUAAAUGUGUUGGUGCUGUGGUACUAUUCACUCCAAUUAUUUUUUAACAAAGGUACAUUUAGGUUGAUAAUGUCACGCCUUGGUCUUAGUAUUUUGUGUUUUAGUUAAUUAGUUGGUCAGGCCAGGGUGUGACAUGGGUUUAUGUUAUUGUGUUGUCGUAUUGGGGUUUUUGUAGGCAUUUGGAUUGUGGUUGAUUAGGGGUGUGUUUAGUUUAGGUUUGGCUACAUGAGUAACCACCACCCUGCAUUUCGGUCCGACUUUCUUUCGACAAACGAAGAACGCCGUUACAGAUAAAUUAACAUUCCAAAAUAUCCCAACGGGUAAUGUAAGAUUGUUGCAUGUCUGCUGUGCAUACUAGAGGCUGGUAUAGGUCCAGAAACAUUUUGUACUCAUAUAGGACUAUUUGUGAGAAUUAGGCUAUAUGGACCACUUAUUAAAUGCAUAAAUCUACUUAUCCAUGUAUUCACAACAAGUUAAAAUAAAAUAGAACAAUUGUUGAACAACUAGUAAAGGUAGCAUAUAUAUUUCUAGAUACGGUGCCUAGUGUUAUACCACAUAGUUUUCUAUACAAUACAAGCUUUGUCUAUACUGUACCUGACCUGUCAUAGACUUCCUAACUGUAGUCUGUGUAAAGCGUGACUCAUCAUUUUCAUGAUGAUAUAUGACAGAGAAACGUGAUAGAAUCGGACAGGUUGCAUAACCACAGCAAAAGUAAAAAUAUGACUGUUUAUUUUGCCCAAUAGACGACGGGGUGGGCUUACUUGGCUAUCGAGUUCACUAACAGAAGCACAAGGUUUGGACAGUGGAACUUGUACAGAAGGAGCCUCACAAUGCCGGGGUCUGAGUUUGAAUCUUUGGAGAAGAUACUGGAGACACAUAUUCCAGAUGAAGAAUUGAAAGAAGUGAAACGAAUCUUGUUUGGAAAAGAAACCAAGUGAGUUGUUGUUGAAUUCUGCACUCGGCCCUAUCAGGCUGCAAAAAUCUCCUUGUCUUAAUGCUGAGCCUGGUCUCAUAGACUAGACGUAACAUAGUAAAAGUACAUCCGGGGCAUGCAAAUUAGUAUGAUAUGUAAAGUUUGGUACGGUUACAUGAGACAGAAGGUUAAAGGCAAAAACAAAAGGAGAGUGGUUGGUCGGGAUGGAUGGGUGAGCGCAGAACAGGAUCCUGCACCUCUCCGUUUUGGACUUUCAUUCCGUAAACCCAUUUGUCAAGAUCUGGUAUCUCUAUUGCCAUAAAAAAUAACUGUCAGUUUGCAAAGUAAACAUUAUAAUAAAAGCAAUCAGAGUUCAUUCAAGUUGCUUCCUCUGUAAUUCUCCUGCCCCUUAAAAACGUAAUGUGAAAAAGUGUCUGAUACUCCACGAAUUGAUUUGAAUCGGUCCGGCCCGGGUUUAUUGUUUGAGAAACAUGUAGCCUAUAGACCAAUGCGUGGCCUUUGCUGUGGUGAGAGAGAGAAGCACACCUGUAUCUCUCACAUAACUUUUUAUGAUCUCUGUCCCUCUCUCUGCUCUGAUGAACAUGAGCCUGCAACUCUCAUCUCUCCAGCAUUAGAGUUCAUAAUUUAUUUCCUUAUAGAAUCAUAGCCGCGGGAAGGGUGCUGGAUGUAUCCCAGCACCCCUGAUACAUUUAAACACUUUUGCCAAAGUUAUAGAAUUACUGCUGCCUGUUCAAAAAUAAGUGAAAUAAUUCAGAAGACUACUCCACGAGUAGGCCUAUAAUUUUGCCACAGAGGGAUCAAUACCUUAUUUUAUAUUUUUGCCUCGCUGUUUGUGUGUAGCCCAAUCACAAUCGCCUACAGCUGGGAACGUGCAGAAAAUUGUUCAGUGAACAGAACGUAACUGGAACAGGCCUUUCCCAAUAUUUGAAAUACAAUCACCGGAAAACACAGAUUGGAAAGUAAAUGGCUCCAGUUGAAAAGAAGCUUGCCACACCUGUACAAGAUGUGGAAAACAACACAGUGAAAGAAAUUACAGGAUAGCGUGAGCCCCAAACCAUCACAGCACAAUGGCUCCACUGUCUGUAUGUUCCCUGUAUACCUACUGUGCAUGUUAAGGUGAUAGAAGAUGGACUAAAUUACAAUACAUACAAGUUAAAGGUGAAACCGUCCCUUUGUAGUAGACAAAAAAUUUGAUGUCAUGUAUUCUACUCAACUCAUGACAUUUUUUUACAGUUCAUAUUUCAAUUUCAUACAUUGUCGAUAUAUCCCGUUCCCACCCCCUCCCUAUUGCCCCUGCCUCACACAAAUUCUUAUGUAUUUCAUUUCAUUUAGAGGGUAUUUUUUACAUAUUCUUUAAACAUAUCCCUUUCCCAUUUUGAAUGUAUA